CACGUAGACUUCAACAUUUUCAGAAAGUGUCGAUGUGAAAUGUUUUGUGUAUGUGAAAAACGAUUUUGGUAGGAAUUUUAUUUUAAGAAGAACUGCAGUCUGGAAUUCGGUUUGAAGAUAAAACUUGUGUUUCGAACAACAUGAGCAGCGAGGAGGGAUACCACGGCGGCGUGGUAGAGUCACUUAACGCGACACGGAAUCAGAAUGAUUACGGUGAGGCCAAUGAAGAGGACGAGAUGGUCGAAGCUGAGCGCGACCUGGCUGAAGACGCCGCAUGGAAGAAGAUUCAACAGAAUACGUUUACAAGAUGGGCUAAUGAACAACUGAAGACCGUCCAAAAGCACAUUGGUGAUCUUGAAACGGACUUAAGCGAUGGAUUGCGGCUCAUCACCCUCAUUGAAGUUCUCUCCGGGAAAAAACUGCCAAAGCACAACAAACGACCGGCGUUUCGUUCUCAAAAAUUGGAAAACGUCUCAGUGGCACUUAAAUUCCUCCAGGACAUCGAAAACAUCCGGAUUGUCAACAUCGAUUCCACCCAUAUCGUAGACUGUAAGUUAAAGUUAAUUCUUGGGUUGAUAUGGACCCUUAUUUUGCACUAUUCCAUUUCUUUGCCCAUGUGGGAGGGUGAAGAUGAUGGAAAUGCGCCGCAAGGAUCGACACCGAAACAAAGGCUCCUCAACUGGAUACAAAAUAAAAUUCCUGAUCUGCCCAUUACCAACUUCACAUCAGAUUGGUCAGAUGGUAAAGCAGUUGGAGCUCUUGUUGAUGCUGUCGCUCCAGGACUUUGCCCUGAUUGGCCGGACUGGGACCCCAAAGAUUCUCUGCAAAAUGCUUCAGAGGCCAUGGGACUUGCAGAUGAUUGGUUGAAUAUUCCUCAACUUAUAAAACCGGAAGAAAUGGUUAGUCCAAAUGUAGACGAACAAUCUAUGAUGACCUAUUUGUCUCAAUAUCCUAAUGCGAAACUUAAGUCAGGUGCUCCACUGAGACCAAAAACCAAUCCGAACAGCGUUCCUCCACCUCGGGUAAGAGUAUAUGGUCCUGGAAUUGAACCAACAGGUCCUGUAGUUGGGGCCCCAGCUAACUUCACUGUUGAAACUUUCUCAGCUGGUAAAGGCCAAGUUGAUGUAACUGUAACAAAUCCUAAGGGACUUAGAGAACCAGUUGAAGUCCGAUUUAAUAACGACAGAAAUUUAACGUACUCAGUGGUUUACACGCCGAAAAUGGAAGGAGAGCAUACAGUUAACGUCAAGUUUGCAGGACGUGAAGUCCCGAAGAGUCCUUACAAAGUACUGGUGGAGGGUCACGCAGGUGAUCCUACUAAAGUUACAGCUUCUGGACCCGGAAUCCAGCCAGAUGGUAACUGUAUAAAUCGCCCUACGUAUUUCGACAUAUCUACCAAAGGAGCCGGUAAAGGAGUUCCUGAAGUCAUUAUCCUAGAUCCUGCCCAAAAAAGUAACAGUGUACCGGUAAAGAUCCGUCAAACAUCCCCUGAUCUGUGGCGCUGUGAAUAUGUAUCUCCAAAUGUUGGUCUUCAUUCAGUUAAUGUCUUUUUCGCUGGGAAGCCAAUACCAAAAAGUCCAUUUCCUGUUAGGAUAUCACCAGUAUCUGAUGCCAGAAAAGUUAGAGCUAGUGGAAGAGGCUUGCAACCUACCGGCGUCAGGGUAAACGAUGAAGCAGAUUUUAGAAUAUUUGCCGAAGGAGCUGGUGAAGGACAGCCAGAUGUUAACAUUAUAGGACCUGGAGGUGUAAAAGUUCCAUUCAAAAUACAGAAGGUUGAUGGUAAUACAUAUUACGCGGUCUACCACCCCCAGAAGGAAGGGCGUUACAUCGUCAUGAUUACAUACGGCGGUAAAGAAAUCAACAAAUCUCCUUUUGAAGUAAAUGUUGGCCCCCAGAAGGAAACUCUGAUCCGUGCUUUUGGACCUGGAUUGAAUGGGGGUGUUGUAAACUACCCGGCUCUAUUUACCGUCGAGACGAAUGGAGAAACUGGUGCUUUAGGUUUUAGUAUACAAGGUCCAUCUCAAGCCAAAAUAGAUUGUCAUGAUAAUGAAGAUGGUUCGGCUGAUAUUAAAUAUUAUCCAACUGCACCAGGAGAAUAUGCAGUACACAUCCUUUGUGACGGAGAAGACAUUCCAAAAAGCCCCUACAUUGCUCAAAUUCUGCCUAGCACUGAUUACUUUCCUGAUAAGGUCGAAGUCUAUGGACCUGGAAUAGAACCUACAGGAGUUGAAAAAGAUAAGCCCACUAAAUUUUUCAUUGAUACCAGGAAAGCCGGAUCUGCUCCCGUAGAUGUCAGAGUAAUGGACUCAAAUUGUAACAGUCUAGAUAUCCAUCUUGGCCAGAAACCAGACGGAAUAAUAGAAUGCGCAUACACUCCGACACGUGGCAACAAACAUACUAUUCAAGUCAACUUUGGAGGAGUUGCCACCAAAAAUUCUCCUUACAGAGUCUAUGUUUCGGAACCGUUAGAUCCUUCGAAAGUACAAUGCUUCGGCCCUGGUUUAGAAGAUGGUGUUAAAGCAAAUACCCCCACUCACUUCAAUAUUGAUGCCAGGGAGGCUGGCCAAGGUGAUCUACAAGUAACUUUAAGAAAUGAGGAUACCAAACGCGAAGUUCCAGUGCAGCUAACUGACAAUGAAGAUGGAACAUACACUGUAGAUUAUGAAGCACCUCAAUCAGGACUUCAUACUUGCACUCUCCAUUAUGGAGGACUGAAAGUUCCCAGCACACCAGUAAAGUUUAGGGUUCAACCGAGCGUUGAUGUAUCCAAAAUUCGCGUCGAUGGUCUAGAGCCUACCGCACCUGUGAACAGUUUACAACAGUUCCGAGUAAUAACACCAGAUGCUGGCAAAGCAGAGUUUGCCAUAUCGAUAACCAGCCCCUCGGGUAGCAAAGUAAAGGCUCAUGUUAUUCCUACACAUGAGGGGUAUUUAGUAAAUUUUACACCCACACAACUUGGGGAAUACCUUCUGGGCAUAACCUUCGGUGGCGAGCCCAUAUCCCAAAAGCCUUAUCGACUUACUUGCCUAACUGGUGGCGAUCCGAUGAAGGUGAAAGUUUCUGGCCCGGGACUUCAUAGAGGUAUCGUCAACAAGCCCGCCGAAUUUAUGAUCGACACCAGAGGAGCAGGGCAAGGGGGUUUGGGGGUUACUGUGGAAGGUCCUUGCGAGGCUGCUAUUAACUGCAGGGAUAAUGGAGAUGGCACCUGUUCUGUUGCUUACUUACCCACCGAAGCUGGCGAUUAUGGAAUCAACAUCACUUUUAAUGAUCAACACAUACCCGGAAGUCCUUUUCAAGCACUUAUUGUUCCAGAAGUUGAUAUUAGCAAAAUUAAAGUGUCUGGCAACGGAAUACAGUUGCAUGGUGUUUUUGUGGACUCUCCAACCGAAUUCACCGUUGACGCACGAGCAAUUCCGAAGGGCGACGACGGCAAAGUAACAUGUACCAUUACAAAUCCUUCGGGAGCUCAAACUGAAAAAUUGGUAACCCCAUUACUUGAUGGAACUUACAAAGUUAGUUAUACUCCAUUCGAAGAAGGCCGGCAUACGAUAGAUAUCUUCUAUAAUAAUAUGCCAGUGCCUGGUUCUCCAUUUGUUGUAAAUGUUAGACGGGGUUGUGACGCCAAGAAAUGUAGAGCUUUUGGACCUGGAUUGGAACAAGGUUUUGUCGACAAACCAAAUCUUUUCACCGUUGAAACUAAAGGAGCUGGUAAAGGUGGUCUGGGAUUGGCCAUUGAAGGGCCUUCUGAGGCAAAAAUGACAUGCAAAGAUAAUAGAGACGGUUCUUGUUCGGUUGAAUAUAUUCCUACCGAACCUGGAGAGUAUGACGUCACCAUUAAGUUCGCUGAUCAGCACAUUCCAGGCUCGCCUUUCAAAGUUAAUGUUGAUUGCGACGUGGAUGCAAAUCUAGUAAAGGCAUAUGGUCCAGGUUUAGAUCCGAAGAAAGUUAGAGCAGGAGUGCCAACUAAAUUUACUAUCGACGCUUCUAAAUCAGGAAGAGCGCCAUUGGCUGUGAAUAUUAAAUGUGAUCAAGGACCCUUGCCCAAAAAACCUGAGGUUGUAGAUAACGGAGACGGAACUUAUGACGUUAGCUACGUUCCUCCCGGCGAAGGAGCCAAUCUCCAGGCUCAGAUAACUUACAACAAUAAAGAUAUUCCUCACAGUCCUUUCCCUAUAAAAGUACGUCCGUAUGCUGAACCCGAUAAAGUCAAAGUUAUCGCUCCUACUGACAAAAGUGUUCCAGCAUCUAUUCCAACUACAAUAAAAAUUGAUACAAAUGAAGCCGGAUAUGGAGACUUAGAAGUACGGAUAGUGGGGCCUGAUGGUACGCCACGACCUGUUAAAAUAACUGAUAACGGUGAUCGAACCUAUGGAGCUACCUUCGUCCCUGAUGACUGUGGACGUUAUAAAGCUGAAAUUAAAUACGCUGGGAAAGAUGUGCCAAAAUCACCGUUUUCUAUACAAGCUCAUGCCACAGGAAAUGCCGAUAAAUGCAAAAUAACUGAAGGUGUUCAAAAAACUGUAAUGAGUGGCGAGGAGUACUGUAUCACGGUAAACACGGAAAAUGCCGGCUAUGGUGCAGUUACCUGUAGAAUCCGUUCAACUUCUGGAAGUGAUGUGGAUAUCGACAUCGUUGACAAUGGAGAUGGCACCGUCAGCAUUUACUACAACGUGGAAGAUGCAGGAGAGUACACUGUGAGCAUAAAGUUCGGAGGACAGCCUGUUGUUGGAGGAUUUUACACGUUCACGGCAGAAGAGGAAGUUAAAAAGUCAGAAAAAACUAGUGUCACCAAAACUCAUCAUUCAGAGACAAAGAGGACUAGCAGCAGCAGCAGUACCACACAAUCGAAUAAACAGACCACUUUCAGACCAAUCAGUUUAGAUAACAUUCCUGUUCCUCCUGCAGGAGGCAAAGUCUCAGCCGAAGUGAAAAUGCCAAGCGGAAAAGUAGACAAGCCGGUAAUCGAAGACAACCAUGAUGGAACAGUUUCAGUUAAAUACGAUCCUCGUGAAGAGGGACUUCACGAGUUGUCUGUAAAAUUCAAUGGAGAACAUGUUCAAGGAUCGCCAUUUAAAUUCCAUGUAGACUCUAUAAGUUCUGGUUAUGUUACGGCUUAUGGUUCUGGACUAACUCAUGGGGUGAGUGGUGAACCGAGCAACUUCACCAUUUCCACUAAGGGUGCAGGAGCCGGAGGACUCUCUAUGGCCGUGGAAGGUCCCAGCAAAGCUGAAAUUAGUUGCCACGAUAACAAAGAUGGCACCGUUUCCGUUUCUUAUCUACCAACAGCCCCUGGCGAAUAUAAGAUAUCCGUUCGAUUCGGAGAUAAACAUAUCAAAGGAUCACCGUUCGUUUCAAAAAUAACUGGAGAAGGCCGGAAAAGAAAUCAAAUAUCAGUUGGUUCUUGUAGUGAAGUUUCGCUUCCAGGAAAAAUUUCUGAUGCAGAUAUUCGAUCUUUAAAUGCGUCGAUUCAAGCUCCUAGUGGACUAGAAGAACCUUGCUUUUUGAAGAGGCUACCCACCGGAAAUAUGGGUAUUUCGUUCACUCCACGUGAAAUCGGUGAACAUGUUGUUUCCGUCAAGAAAAUGGGAAAGCACAUUGCCAAUUCGCCCUUCAAAAUAAACGUAUGUGAAAGAGAAGUUGGUGAUGCUAAAAAAGUUAAAGUUUCCGGAAAUGCACUCAAGGAAGGAAAAACUCAUGUCGAUAAUACAUUUACUGUCGACACAAGAAAUGCAGGAUAUGGAGGGCUCUCUCUAUCCAUCGAGGGUCCUAGCAAAGCUGAAAUACAGUGCAAUGAUAAGGAGGAUGGCACCCUAAAUAUUUCUUAUAAACCAACCGAACCUGGUUAUUAUAUCAUUAAUUUGAAGUUCGCCGACCAUCAUGUUGAUGGCUCUCCAUUUACAGUUAAGGUAGUCGGCGAAGGCUCAAAUAGGCAACGAGAAAAAAUUCAAAGGCAACGAGAAGCAGUACCAAUCACCGAAGUCGGAAGCCAGUGCAAAUUAACAUUUAAAAUGCCAGGAAUAACAUCUUUUGAUCUUUCUGCUCAUGUUACUUCACCUGGUGGAGUAACUGAAGAUGCUGUUAUCAAUGAGGUUGAAGAUGGACUUUACGCUGUCCACUUUGUACCAAAAGAACUUGGUGUUCACACUGUCUCUGUUAAGUAUAAGGACAUUCAUAUACCUGGUUCUCCAUUCCAGUUCACAGUAGGACCUCUUAAAGAUCAUGGUGCUCAUUUAGUAAAAGCAGGUGGUGGAGGUUUGGAAAGGGGUGUUCAAGGAGAAUGGAACGAAUUUAAUGUAUGGACUCGAGAAGCAGGCGGAGGACAACUUGCAAUCUCGGUCGAGGGCCCUAGCAAAGCUGUUAUAAAUUUCUCUGAUCGUAGAGACGGAUCUUGCGAUGUCUCAUAUAAAGUCACUGAACCAGGCGAAUACCGCAUUGGGUUGAAAUUUAAUGAUGAACACGUACCAGAUUCACCAUACAAGGUUUACAUCUCUCCAGCUGUUGGGGACGCACAUUUAUUGGAAGUGGCUCAAUUUCCUGAAGGGCAUGUACAAGCUGAUACCCCAUCUCACUUUAUAGUAAGGAAAAAUGGAGCCAAAGGAGAUUUAGACGCCAAGAUUGUUGGACCUUCCGGGCAUGAAGAUGAUUGUUUCAUUCAGUUGAUUGACAUGGAUGAAUAUUCUGUAAGAUUUAUGCCCAGAGAGAAUGGAAUUCACAAAAUCCACUGUAAAUUUAACGGUGUCCAUAUCCCUGGCUCACCAUUUGGUAUUAAAGUCGGAAAAGAUACUGCUGACCCAGCCGCUGUCCAUGCACACGGACCAGGAAUAAAGGAAAUUAAGACUGGUGUUAAAACGGACUUUAUUAUUGAUACUGUAAAUGCUGGAGCAGGUACUCUUGCCGUAGUUAUUGAUGGUCCAAGUAAAGUUUCAAUGGAUUGUACCGAAGUAGAAGAAGGAUAUAAAGUUCGAUAUACACCCUUGGCUCCGGGAGACUAUUAUAUUAGCGUAAAAUACAACAACAACCAUAUUGUCGGCUCUCCGUAUAAAGUUGCAUGUAAAGGAGAUAGACAACUGGCUGAUACUGGAGCCCAAGAAACGUCAUCGGUAAUUGUCGAAACGGUAGCCAAAGUAAGCAAAGACACUGGAGGUCAUAAGAGUCCUGUUCUUCCUCAUUUCAAAAGUGAUGCUUCUAAAGUAUCAUCCAAGGGAAUGGGCCUUAAGAAGGCUUACAUUGGAAAACAAAAUCAAUUUACCGUUUCUGCUGGAACUGCAGGUAAUAACAUCUUGUUUGUGGGAAUAAUUGGGCCGAAGGGACCGUGUGAGGAGGUAUUUGUAAAACAUUCUGGUCAUAAUCAGUACACAGUAAAUUAUGUGGUGAGAGAAAGGGGAGACUAUCUUGUGAUUGUAAAAUGGGGAGACGAUCAUAUUCCUGGCUCACCAUUUAAAGUAGAGGUAUAAAUGGAGAUCACAUUACUCAAUGUAUCUUUAUUAAAUAUAAUCGCCAUAUUUCCUAUAUGUAUUUAAAAAAUAUUAAAAAUUCGUUUUUUGUUUGAAGAUAUUUAUGUUAAUUUUAAUAAACGCAAUGCCUAGGAAUUGAAUAUUAUCACAGUUAUACCAUUAAUAAUACAUACAAACCCACGCUCACACAGACCCACAUACAUAAACACACGUCUUGUUAUUCACACAUUUUUAUGUAUAUAAGUUUUGGGAUUCACAAUUCAUUUCAGUGUUAAUAUUUAUUUUGAUAAUUUUAGGUUUAAUAGUUACAAGUAUCGUCUCUGCUAUGUUAAUUUAUGUCAUAAAUGUAAUAAAAUGCUAUUCAAAUAAUAA